AGCCCGGCGUGGGGCAUUAGUUGGUGGGCAUCGUUGGGGGCUGUGACGUCUCGGCCAGGAGGCACCCCUGGCAGGUCAGCCUGAGGUUCUACAGCAUGAAGAAGGGUCUGUGGGAGCACAUCUGCGGGGGCUCCCUCAUCCACCCAGAGUGGGUGCUGACCGCCGCCCACUGCCUUGAGCCGGAGGAGUUGGAGCCCUGCGGGUUUAGAGUGCAGGUCGGGCAGCUGAGGCUCUAUGAGGACGACCAGCGGAUGAAGGUGGUUGAGAUCGUCCAUCACCCCCAGUACAAUGAGAGCUUGUCUGCCCAGGUUGGUGCGGACAUCGCCUUGCUGAAGCUGGAGGCCCCGGUGCCGCUGUCUGAGCUCAUCCACCCGGUCUUGCUCCCGUCUGCCUCCCUGGACGUGCCCUCGGGGAAGACCUGCUGGGCCUGGGCUCCAGAUGCGUCCUGGAUGGCUUCCUGCCGCUGCCGAGACAGAUGACCACAGGCCAGGUGGCUCAGAGCAGCAGGAAUUUACUAUCUCACGUCUCUGGAGACGAAACGUCCGCACUCCAGGC